ACCGGUGCAAGUGGGUGGUUUAUAAUAAGAAAAGGUUGGACUAAACUACGUGCUUAACGGAUCACUUUGAGUGGUUCCAGUAUUCAAAAGAGAAGGAUCGUUUGCUGACUGCACAGAAGGGGUUGAGAAUCCACUGCAACAUGGUCUUAGUGUGGAUUCAACAUGAAAUACUUCAUGUACCUGCUCUUUCUGUGUCUUUUCUCUCGGCCUGGGGAAUGUGAUGCUGAUGGAAAUGGAUACUUCAUGUAUGCAGACUUCUGGUGUGCCGUGUACUCCAGAGACCGGGAGCAGGUGGAAUAUCUGGUCGACUGGUAUUUUAACAAAGAGUUUACGAUGCAGUACAACAGCACCGUGGGGUGCUGGGUGGGCUUCACUCCGGCUGGAUUAGUGUCUGCGUCUAUGUUAAAUGAAGACAUGCAUGAUCGUCUGCAGAGGAAAGUGGAAAAAGAAUUGAUAUGUGUCAACAAUGUCGAUUUGAUGUUUAACACAACUGAGGAGAACAUGGCUGAACCCAGCAUCACUCUUGUGGAGACCACCAGUUCCAGUAACAAGACCAUGCUGGCGUGCAGCGCAUAUGACUUUUACCCCAAAUACAUCAGGGUGACGUGGUACCGGAACGGACAGGAAGUGACCUCGGGUGUGACCUUCAGCGAGGUGAUGACAAACGGAGACUGGACCCAUCAGGUCCACUAUUACCUGGAGUACACACCUGGCUGGCAGGACAGGGUCCGCUGCAUGGUGGAGCAUGUCAGCCUCAAGAAGCCCAAGAUUUAUGACUGGGAUUCGUCCGUGAGUCAGUCUGAGACAAGCCACCUGAUUGGUGCAGUGUCCGCCCUGCUGUUGGGAGCAGUGUUACUGUCCUCGGGACUGAUCCACUACAAGAGGAAAAGUUCUGAUCCACGAUUUUCAAACACUUUAUAAUCCAGUAAUAAUUACCCUGUUAAAUCAGCCAUCCACUAGCAUAUUUUCAACCUGGACCUCAUUUUCCACGCAUUUGAAAAUGAAUGAAAGCUUUAUCUACACGGCACAUUUCAUACAAACAGCUGCUAUGUAGAUAAACCGGCUUUAUCUACACAGCACAUUUCAUGCAAAUCAACGUCUGAGUGAUUUGGAUCUUGUCCGAAGCUCAUUAAAAUCAAUGAAGACAAAAAAGUCCAGGGUGCUCAGGGACUUCAGUCAGAUGUUUGAAGGUGCUCUUUGGGGUUGGUAAUUCAAUUAAGUGUAGA